UGUCUGCGCCCAGUAAGAUCCGCAUCUCUUGUAACCUCCCUGUUCGGGAAGUGGUUUAACCAUAGUAACGGGCAAACAUUUUUUUUAAAUUAAACUCUUUUACUCUUCUCAUUUUGGGCCACUUUACUUGGCUACGGCUAAUUAGCCAAAAUAUUUUUUUCGGUGUAUGACUGCAAUUCGCAGAAGAUAGUAGUGUAUCGAGGGUGCAAGGGAAGGGUGGUUGUUGGGGCGACAGUCUGUCACGCGUUCGUGAUAGACAUACUCUAGUUUAUGUGGGGAAAGGAAACAAGCUUAAAUAUCCGAUGAUUACUUAUACAAAAUACCUCAACUCAUAAAUUAAUUUAAAUUAUCGGGUGCCUAUAUGAUACUUGGGUUGUUUAUUAAUGUCAAAACUACUUUAGGUAGCAGUAUGGUAUCCAGUUUUUAAAAGAAAUCUUUCUGACGACUGUUUACGUGUGGCGCAUUACUGUCACGUUAAUGUAACGUUAUAAAUGGUAUUGGCAUUUUCUGUAAGGUGAUGUGGAAGCCAGCUUGUCCCCUGUUUACCAGGAGCUGGGGGAGAGGCAUGCGAAGGGUUUGGGCUAUCUGGGAGCACAAACAAUGUACCCAAAGUUCAGGAUCUCCCUCCUCUUCUGCCCGUUCUCCCCGAACUCAAGCAGAAAAAGAGAAGAGAAGGAGAGAAAAGCAAACAGCCAUUCUGAACAACCAAAGCACCAAGGUUGAAGAUGAAGGGAUUAAGUGGAAUGAGAAAGGAACAAUAGUGUACCGUGGAUCAACCCUCUCUGGGGAGAAGAAAGACACAUCCCUGCCAUUCCCAGCUUUCUACAGCCCUCAAUACGUGGAGUCCUGCUGGUACCAGUGGUGGGAGAAGGAGGGGUUCUUCAGUCCUGAGGUCCAUAGCAGACUACCGCAGGCGGUAAAUCGAUGCUUCUCCAUGUGCAUCCCUCCUCCGAAUGUGACUGGGAACUUGCACCUCGGCCACGCUCUCACGGUUGCCAUAGAGGAUGCUCUGGUUCGCUGGAGAAGGAUGCAAGGAUACAAAGUUCUUUGGGUGCCCGGUUGUGACCACGCUGGCAUCGCCACACAGUCCGUGGUGGAGAGAUGGCUGUUGAGGCAACGAGGGAAGCGCAGGAAGGAUUUCAGCAGGGAGGAGUUUCUCCGGGAGGUCUGGCACUGGAAGAACGAGAAAGGGGGAGAGAUAUACCAUCAGCUGAGGAAAUUGGGGGCGUCUCUGGACUGGAGCAGGUCUUGCUUCACCAUGGACACGGCCUUCAGUGACGCCGUAACAGAGGCCUUCGUGCGCCUGUGUGACUCUGGCUUGGUGUACCGCUCAGAAGGGCUCGUCAACUGGAGCUGUGCGCUGGACUCCGCCAUCUCUGACAUAGAGGUGGAUUCGGUGCAGCUAUCUGGACGGACCCUGCUGUCUGUCCCAGGCUACGAACAGAAGGUGGAGUUUGGGACUCUGUUCACCUUUGCCUACCCCUUAGAGGGGCAGGACAGAGAGGUGCUGGUGUCCACCACGCGUCCGGAGACCAUGCUGGGGGACGUGGCCAUCGCCGUGAACCCGGACGACGCCCGGUACCAGGCACUCCACGGUAAAUACUGCAGACACCCCUUCACUGACAGGCUGCUCCCGCUGAUCACCGACCCCCUGGUGGACAUGAGCCUGGGCACAGGGGCAGUGAAGGUGACCCCUGCCCAUGACCAUACCGACUUCCUGCUUUCCCAGCGCCAUUCACUUCCCCGCCUCACUGUGAUUGGAGGAGACGGGACCAUGACCUCUUCCUGCGGCCAGUGGUUGGAGGGUGUGAGGCGGUUCGAGGCCCGGGUUCGAGUGGUGGAAGCCCUGAAGGAGAGGCAGCUCUUCAGAGGAAGGCAGGAUCAUGCCAUGUCCCUCCCUGUGUGCAGCCGCUCUGGAGAUGUGAUCGAACCUUUGCUGAAGAGACAGUGGUUUGUGCGCUGCGAGCAGAUGGCGCGGAGGGCGAUACAGGCAGUGGAGGAUGGGGAGUUGAGGAUAAUCCCUUCGAUGUACAAUAAGACAUGGAAGACCUGGCUCUCCGACAUAAGCGAUUGGUGCAUCUCCAGACAGCUUUGGUGGGGUCACCAGAUUCCGGCCUAUCGGGUUUCGCUCUCGGGUUCCGUUGACACAGAUGAGGAGCGGUGGGUGUGGGGGAGGAGUGAGGAGGAGGCCAGAGAGAGAGCCGCGGCCAGAUUCGGAGUGACUCCUGAUGCCGUGACGCUGACUCGGGACCCAGAUGUGCUGGACACCUGGUUCUCUUCAGCCCUCUUCCCCUUUGCUAUGCUUGGCUGGCCGCGACAGACUCAGGACCUGCAGCAGUUCUACCCCAACAGCCUUCUAGAGACAGGAAGUGAUCUCAUCUUUUUUUGGGUAGCCCGGAUGGUCAUGCUAGGCAUGGAGCUCACCGGGCAGCUGCCCUUUAAACAGGUGCUCUUUCAUUCUCUGGUGAGGGACAAUCACGGGAGGAAGAUGAGUAAAUCUCUAGGCAACGUCAUCGACCCGCUGGACAUCAUUUCUGGCGUUUCCCUGCAGAGGCUUCAAGACAAGAUCAAGGAUGGAAACCUGGAGCCCCGUGAAACCAGUAUUGCCUUGAAGGCCCAGAAGAAGGACUACCCCAAAGGAAUCCCCGAAUGUGGUACUGAUGCCCUCCGCUUUGCCCUCUGCACCUACAAGGCCCAGGGGGAGGACAUCCGCUUGUCCGUGUCCCAGGUGCUGAACUGCAGACGCUUCUGUAACAAGAUGUGGCAGACGGUGCGCUUCACCCUGGGGGUACUGGAGCAGGCGGGCAGGGAUCCGCAAACCCUGGCAGAGGUGUCCCCGUUCAGUAGCGAGGACCGGUGGCUGUGCUCCCGGCUCUACAGCACCGUGCUGCAAUGUGAACGCGGGUUCGAGAGCUACAACCUGCAGGCCGUGACGGCAGCAGUGCAGUCCUUCUGGGUGCACAGCUUGUGUGACGUCUACCUGGAGUGCAUCAAGCCGGUGCUGACUGGGGCGUCCACGGAAGGCUUCCAGCGGCAGGCAGCUGUGCGGGGUGUCCUGCUACACUCUGUGUCCGUUUCCCUCACCCUCCUCUCCCCCUUCAUGCCCUUCCUGACCGAAGAGCUGUGGCAGAGGCUCCGCCCACACUUGGCAGGCACCGUGGCAACCAGCCUGUGCCUGCAGCCCUAUCCACAGUCCAGCCAGAUGAGCCACUGGCACUUUCCCCAGGAAGAGGGAGAUUUUGCUUUUGUACAGGAAGUAGUCAGAGUGGCAAGAGGAUUGCGGACCCAGUGUCACAUGACCAAAGAAAGACCUGACAUGUGGGUCGUCUGUUCGCCCAACCAAGCUGAGAUCCUCCUCCGCUUCAGCUCCACCAUUCGAACCCUCAGCCGCGUCUCAUCCCUAAACCUCCACUGCCCCCAGGGGGGUGGUGAUGCACCACCUGAAGGCUGUGCAGUGGAUGUAGUUGACCCCAGCUGUGAGGUGCACCUGCACACCCAGGGGACUGUGGACACAGACGCACAGGAGGCCCUGCUGUCCAGUCGCAAAGAGAAAAUCCUCUCCAAGUUGCAACGGUGUCUCUCUCAAACCGAAAUGCCACAUUAUGAAGAGAAGGUGCCGGAAAGUGUCAGACAGGAAAUGCGAAGCCGGAUUUCUGCACUUGAACAGGAGUUGAAGAACACAGAGGAUCAGCUACUAAACUUGCACCAAUUAAAAGGACAAGAAAGCUAAGAGACAAGGAUGGAAACGUUGUUUAUGCACGAAUUAAGAGAUGAAUCCAGUGGGUGCGGGUGCAGUGGGCAGUGCGAGUCCCUGCACUGUAAUCUAUGGAUCUCAACUUCAAACAGCAGCAAACUAGUUAUGAAAUAUGGACAUACAAUCAGUCCUUAAUAAAUUUUUUAUAUACAAAGUGUUUGUAUUAAUUUGCAUGGUUUGCAGGCUUUUCCUUGUAAAAAGAUUAAUUAAAUGGAUCUGCUAAUUGUGGGAUGAUUUUAGAUGCUAUGGUGGGAGAAAUUGGUUUGUCAGUCAGAUCAAUCAGCUUAUGACAUUUCAAAUCAAUCAGCUUGUUAUGUACAUACAGCUCUGGAUUAAAUGAAGAGAUCACGGCAAAGUUUUCAGUUUGGCUGAUUUAUCAAUUUAUGGGUAUGCACCUGUGUAAAAAUAUAGUUUUUUUUUUGCAAACUGCAGCCUGGUUCUUCC